AUGGAGCGUAGCAAGAGUGAAAUGAAAUUGAAAGACAACCGUCGAUCAUGUUAUAUGCUGGAUGCUGUGGCAGCUGGCGGUGGAUUUCCAGGCGUGUUGCCAAAAAGCCUACGAAAAUCCAGUAGUUGUAGCACGAUUUAUAUGGACGACUCAACGAUUAGUCAACCUAAUUUGAAAAAUACCAUUAAAUGCAUAUCGCUAGCAAUAUAUUACCAUAUUGCGAAUCGGAAGAAUCGAGCUCAUGAACGACUCAUGGAGAUAUUCGAGGAGCGACUCCACCCAAUCACGCGAGAUGCAUUACCGCCGGAGCUGAUGACGAAAGAUCCUGAUCAUCGUCAAAUUUACCGAUUUGUUCGCACAUUGUUUCACUCGGCGCAACUGACUGCUGAAUGUGCAAUUAUAACACUAGUCUACAUAGAACGACUUCUAAAUUAUGCAGAAAUGGAUUUAUGCCCAUCAAACUGGAGAAGAGUGGUGUUGGGCGCGAUAAUGCUAGCCUCAAAGGUAAUUUUAUCCAAUAAAUCUCUAUCAAUCAAUUUUUUUUGUGUUGUGACGUAUACGCGGUAA